GAAGAUGAAAUUCAGUAGGCGAGAAGUGUUGGAACCAAAAUCCUCGUUCUGGAGUCAUUUUAUGGAAGCAGCUGCUUUGGCUUGCAAUGAACCCACUCGCCAAGCGAGGAGACAUCGUCAGCGCUGCAGCCGGGGAUCGCCAUGGAGACCAGAGGACUGGCUGACUCCGGGCAGGGCUCCUUAACCGGCCAGGGGCUUGCCAGGUUUGGAAGAAUUCAGAAAAAAAGCCAACCGGAGAAGGUGGUAAGAGCAACCAACCGUGGGAGACCUUUGAUUGCGUGGGCACAGUGGUAUGCUGCGGAUGGUGGUGAUGAGGUCUGAAAUAGCUCUGGCAGGGUCUCCCAGGUGCUCGUCUGGACCCCAGGGCAGGCUGUCGCGCCUCACCUUCUUGCUGCGCAGGUGGGCUGCCAGGGAUGUGCACUACCAGGACCAGGGACCGGACUCUUUUCCUGAUUGUUUCCAUGGAGCUGAGCUUAAGGAGGUGUCCAGCCAAGAAAGCAAUGCUCAGGCAAAUGUGGGCAGCCAGGAGCCAGCAGACAGAGGGAGAAGCGGCUGGCCCCUGGCCAAAUGCAACACUAACACCAGCAACAACACGGAGGAGGAGAAGAAGACGAAGAAGAAGGAGGCGAUCGUGGUGGACCCGUCCAGCAACCUGUACUACCGCUGGCUGACCGCCAUCGCCCUGCCCGUCUUCUAUAACUGGUGUCUGCUUAUUUGCAGGGCCUGUUUCGAUGAGCUGCAGUCUGAGUACCUGAUGCUAUGGCUGGUCCUUGACUACUCGGCAGAUAUCCUGUAUGUCUUGGAUGUGCUCGUGCGAGCUCGGACAGGUUUUCUCGAGCAAGGCUUAAUGGUCAGUGAUACCAAUAGGCUGUGGCAGCAUUACAAGACGACCACACAGUUCAAGCUGGAUGUGUUGUCCCUGGUCCCCACCGACCUGGCUUACUUAAAGGUGGGCAUAAACUACCCAGAAGUGAGGUUCAACCGCCUACUGAAGUUUUCCCGGCUCUUUGAAUUCUUUGACCGCACAGAGACAAGGACCAACUACCCCAAUAUGUUCAGGAUUGGGAACUUGGUCUUGUAUAUUCUCAUCAUCAUCCACUGGAAUGCCUGCAUCUACUUUGCCAUUUCUAAGUUCAUUGGUUUUGGGACAGACUCCUGGGUCUACCCAAACAUCUCAAUCCCAGAGCAUGGGCGCCUCUCCAGGAAGUACAUUUAUAGUCUCUACUGGUCCACCUUGACCCUUACCACCAUCGGUGAGACCCCACCCCCUGUGAAAGAUGAGGAGUAUCUCUUUGUGGUCAUAGACUUCUUGGUGGGCGUUCUGAUUUUUGCCACCAUUGUGGGCAAUGUGGGCUCCAUGAUCUCGAAUAUGAACGCCUCGCGGGCAGAGUUCCAGGCCAAGAUUGACUCCAUCAAGCAGUACAUGCAGUUCCGCAAGGUCACCAAGGACUUGGAGACACGGGUUAUCCGGUGGUUUGACUACCUGUGGGCCAACAAGAAGACGGUGGAUGAGAAGGAGGUGCUCAAGAGCCUCCCAGAUAAGCUGAAGGCUGAGAUCGCCAUCAACGUGCACCUGGACACACUGAAGAAGGUUCGCAUCUUCCAGGACUGUGAGGCGGGGCUGCUGGUGGAGCUGGUGCUGAAGCUGCGACCCACUGUGUUCAGCCCUGGGGAUUAUAUCUGCAAGAAGGGGGACAUUGGGAAGGAGAUGUACAUCAUCAACGAGGGCAAGCUGGCCGUGGUGGCUGAUGAUGGGGUCACCCAGUUCGUGGUCCUCAGCGAUGGCAGCUACUUCGGAGAGAUCAGCAUUCUGAACAUCAAGGGGAGCAAGUCGGGGAACCGCAGGACGGCCAACAUCCGCAGCAUUGGCUACUCAGACCUGUUCUGCCUGUCAAAGGACGAUCUCAUGGAGGCCCUCACCGAGUACCCCGAAGCCAAGAAGGCCCUGGAGGAGAAAGGACGGCAGAUCCUGAUGAAAGACAACCUGAUCGAUGAGGAGCUGGCCAGGGCGGGGGCAGACCCCAAGGACCUUGAGGAGAAGGUGGAGCAGCUGGGAUCCUCCCUGGACACCCUGCAAACCAGGUUUGCACGCCUCCUGGCUGAGUACAACGCCACCCAGAUGAAGAUGAAGCAGCGUCUCAGCCAACUGGAGAGCCAGGUGAAGGGUGGUGGGGACAAGCCCCUGGCUGAUGGGGAAGUUCCCGGGGAUGCUACAAAAACAGAGGACAAACAACAGUGAAAAUGCAGCAUCUGUCUCCUGCUUCACAGGGUCGAUUGUCAGGGUGACGCUAUGUGGCCGCAGCUGUGUGGCAUGGAACUUGGUCAGGGUUUAAUUCCAGCUCCACUCACCCUUUGAAAGCUGUGUGACUGCCUGAGAGAGCCUGUUUCUUCACCUAGAAAAUGGGACUUUUUGUCUCAGUCCCAGUGAAGUGCCGGGUUUGAUUGUGAAGUCCGCAUGAAACACUGCACCAGGCAGGGCUUUGCAAAGUGCAAGGUACCCCAGUCCAAGUAUAUGAAAACGUGCACACAGGACUCUCAUUACUUUUUUACGGAAUCCACAAGGUGUUUUAGGCUUUUUAAUCUAAUUUUCUUAUAAAUGAAAGAUUAUUUAGUC